AUGUUCAUUAACUCUCGAUCUUCUUCACUGUUGCAGCUUGGCAUUUGCUUGAGUUAUUGGUUUGAUUAUGGGAUGGCAUACACCAGUGGCUCUAUACAGUGGCGCUUACCGAUUGCCAUCCAACUACUUUUCGCGGGUGCCACAUUAUUCAUGGCAAUCUUUCUCCCAGAGUCACCUCGGUGGCUGAUCGCCCAAGGACGAGUCGAUGAAGCAAUGGAUGUUCUUGCUUGCUUGGAAUCAAAAACUUCAACUCCCGAGACCCCCGCUGUUGUAGCUAAGUGUCAGGAUAUUCAGCUUGCUUUGAAUGCAGAGCAAGCACUGGGACCAUUGAAGUGGACUGAAUUGUGGGAAAACAAGGUCACUGGUAACAGGAAACGCCUUAUCCUAGCAUGCGGAAUCAUGGUCUUUCAACAGAUGUCCGGGAUUAAUGCCUUGGUGUAUUACAUACCAUAUCUCUUGGAAAACUCCGUGAGACUUGCGGCAAACAUGGCUCUUCUGAUUUCGGGCUUAGUUGGUGUAGUCUUCGUCGUCUUCUCCGCCUACGCAUUCUUCUUCAUCGAUAGAUGGGGCAGACGAAAGCCCUUCAUCAUCACAAGUCUUGUCCAAAGUCUGAGCAUGACUUUGGUGGCUAUUCUUCUAUCUCUCAAUAAUACAAAUGCCAGCAAGGCGUCAGUCGUUUUCUUCUUCCUCUACAUGGCUGCAUUUGGAGCCUGCUACUUGGGUGUCCCUUGGAGUUACGCUCCUGAACUACUUCCCCUCAGGAAUCGCGCCCGUGGCUGUGCGAUAGCAUCCGCCGUGAACUGGACAUGUAAUUUUGCUAUUGUGGAGUUUGUUCCGUCGGCGAUUACAAAUAUCUCCUGGCGCACAUACAUCAUAUUCGCGGUGUUGAACUUCACUUGGGCUCCAUUGCUGUACCUCUUCUAUCCGGAAACUGCACGCCUGACCAUGGAGGAGAUUGACAAUUUGUUUGUGAAAGACCCUAUCCAGCUGCAUACUCAGACAACCCAUGCGAGCGACGAUAGCGAGAAUCAAGAUGGCAAAGUCGCGAUUGAGCUUGAGGAGAGAGCUUGA